UGGGAUGGAGGGAGUACUAUUUAGUUCUCUUCUUCUCAUGUGAUGUUCCAGGGUUUUGGUGGGUGUAAUGAUGGAAGAGAAAGAGAUGGUGGGCUUGAGAAUCUCCGGGCAAGUAGAGAAAGUAAACGGUAAAGAAAUAAGUUACGCCGAAUUUGCAGAGAAAUACAUGAAGAAGAAUCAACCUGUUGUACUCACAGGCCUUAUGGAUGAUUGGAGGGCUUGUAAAGAUUGGGUUUCUCCUGAUGCCACUCCUAAUCUCAGCUUCUUCUUGUCAACCCCUUUUGCAUCUUCUCGCGUUCAGGUCGCUGACUGUGCCACAAAAGAGUUCAGCGAUCAGAAGAGGAUCGAUAUGUCUGUUUCGGAGUUUAUUAACGAGUGGCCUGGCCGUACUCAGAAAGAAUGUCAAAGUGAAUUGAAACCCCUGCUAUAUUUGAAGGACUGGCAUUUUGUCAAGGAGUACCCCGAAUAUUCUGCUUACAGAACUCCUCUGUUUUUCUGUGAUGACUGGCUUAAUAUGUAUCUGGAUAAGUAUCCUAUGCAGAAUGGUCCCGACACUCAUCAUCAAGGAACUAAUGAGAUAACUUGCUCAGAUUAUCGUUUUGUGUACAUUGGGACAAAAGGUACAUGGACUCCUCUCCACGCUGAUGUUUUUAGAUCUUAUAGUUGGUCAGCAAAUGUUUGUGGUAGGAAACAGUGGUAUUUCUUGUCUCCGAGUCAAUCUCACCUUAUCUUUGACAGGAACAUGAAAAACUCUGUAUAUAGUAUAUUUGAGGAUGUUGACGCGAAAAGGUUCCCUUUUUUACAACAGGCUACUUGGUUGGAGUGCACUCAAGAACAAAAUGAGAUUAUUUUCGUUCCCAGUGGGUGGUAUCACCAGGUUCACAAUCUGGUUGAUACGAUAUCAAUAAAUCACAACUGGUUCAAUGGCUAUAAUCUGCCCUAUGUGUGGGAUCUACUUUUGAGAGAUUACAAGGAAGCAACGGAGUACAUCGAAGAUAUUAAGGACAUAUGUGACGAUUUUGAGGGUCUCUGCCAGCGAAAUCUUGCAGCUAAUACAGGAAUGAAUUUCUGUGACUUCUUCAUAUUCUUGGUGCGGAUCUCAUUUGCCAAUUUAGUGCAGCUUCUUAAUCUGUCAAGUAGCAGUGAGUCUACCAACUGGAAGUCAUCUUACAGAGCUCAGAAUAUAAUGUUUAAUCUUGAAUCAGUUCGGGAUAUUGCACUGAAGAUGAAAUUUGCUGGUGUGGAAGCAAAUUAUGACUUCGGGAUUGGUUUUAGGACAUUGUUGGAUGAUUUUAUAUUUUUGGAAUUGUGCAAGAGUUUGGGCAGUACUUAUGAAAUGAUACAUGAACAAGGCAAAGUAAGUUACAAUUUAGAGCAGGGGGGUGAUGUGAAGUUCUUGAAAUUUUUUGAGUCAGCUAGCUCUCAAACUUGUUCUCCCGAGGAUCUAGCAAGUUUAAUAGAUGAUGUUUGCGCCAAAAUUUCUGUCGCCGGACCAGCACUACUGUAAAAAUCAAUGCCUCAGACCCCUGUAGAUGAAUACACGCUGCACUUUGACUGGAUGGGUUGAGUAAACAUCUAGGAUAUACUCACUUCCAGUUUUGGGCUACUGGCAGAGGUGAAUGAAAAAAAUAAGGCCAUUCCAGCGAAAAGGAUAUAAAAUUAAGAUCAAAGAGUCCUGUACGCAAGUAGAAGCUUUUAUUCUUAAUGUGUUCAAUGAACUCGAAGGUAUCUACCCACUGCAUCCACAUGGUCCAAUUUUACAUCAUCCAUUGACGUUAAAUGUGGAGUUUCUUUACAUUCGGAGUCAUAUACAAGUUUUUGUUUCCUUUCGCAGACACUGUAAAAUAGUUCUACAUGUUUGAAAUUUCGAAACUAAGAUAGCUAGUAUGUUUUUCAAGAUUGUCGUGCUCAUGUCUGUUAUGUUAACUUUCAUUUACGUGCAGAAGUUGCACUGUGUUUCUUUCUUAUUUUUUCUCCUUCACCAACUUAUAACUAAUUAUUAGCAAAAUUCUUCCUGUAGUUGAUUACUGUGCAGUAACAGAAUUCGA